AACUUCCGGUACAUUGUUCGUUUGUUGGGAGAUUUUGUUUUUGUAUGGAAUCAGAAAUGUCAAUAUUGUCACAUAGUGUGUAAAUAAUUGUGAGUUUGGUGAUUAUUUCUUUUUAAUAUGACAAAAAACCAGAAUGAUGAGGAAAGUUUAAUUCCUAAAGAAACUGGACAAAAUUCAUCAAAAAUGGGUGAAAAACUAAGGAUCAUUGAAUUUGUGGCACGAUUAAUUUUUUCAGUACUAUCAAAGUUUUGGAAGUUGUGCACAUCAGCCGGAUUGAUUCUGCUUUUAGUUUUCUAUUAUUAUGGAAGUUUAUUAACUUUAGUUCUUCUUCUAAUUGGAGGAUUUGGUGUAUUUUACAAUGCCCAGGAUAUGCUGUUGUAUUAUCCGGAACAGCCCCCUCAGUCCAGACUGUUUGUGGACAGUCCUCAACGAUUCAAUCUGCAUGGAGAGAACCAUUUCAUCACCACUAAAGACAAUGUCAAAAUCAAUGUGGUGCUUAUAAAACAUUCUAAUCCUAAUGCUCCAACUGUGAUAUAUUUCCAUGGCAAUGCUGGAAAUAUAGGACACAGGUAUCCUAAUGCAGGUGAUUUACAUGCUUAUACUGGGGUAAAUGUUUUAAUGGUGGAGUACCGGGGGUAUGGACGGAGUGAAGGGUCUCCUUCAGAGUCAGGGUUAUAUUUAGACUCGGAAGCAGCAAUGGAUUUUUUACUUAACCGUCCAGAUAUAAAUAAAGACAAAAUUGUAGUGUUUGGACGCUCCCUAGGGGGCGCUGUGGCUGUUUGGCUGGCCAGCAGCAGGAAAUACUCUCCACAUAUCUCAGCUCUAAUCUUAGAGAAUUCCUUCACAUCGCUUCCAGACAUUGCGCGGUCCAUUUUUGCAGAUUUGUACAUUCUGAAAUAUAUACCUGUCUUUCUAUUUAAAAAUAAGUAUCCAACAGUAGAUAGAAUUCAGCAGAUUACCAUUCCGACCUUAUUUCUCUCAGGACAAGGAGACAAGUUAAUACCACCCAAAAUGAUGUCAAAACUACACAGUGUGUCUGGUAGCUCACUCAAGAAAAUGGCAAAGUUUCCUGGUGGUACCCAUAAUGAGACAUGGAUGUCCCAAGGGUAUUAUGAAGCUUGGGUCAGCUUUUUACAGGAAGUAUUCAGUUCAAGAAGAAAGCCAAGGAUAUCUCCCGAGAGACAUGGUGUGGUGGAUCUAUGAAUUCCUAUGCAAUUACUAUGGGGGAAAUGUUUCUUGUUAUAUCUAUGACACUAUUUAGUGCCCAGUGAUCUGUGAUGAAUUCAACAUUUCUGUUGCAUAACAAACUUGUUGCAUUUUAAUAAGUAUUCUUGUUUUCCUUGUGGUACAAGAAGUUGGGAAUAUUGUCAUUUCAAUGAUUUCAUGCACACAAAAAUAAUUUACUAGUAAUAAACCAUUAAAUAUGUGA